UGCCGCACCGAAUAACGAGUCUGUCAAAAUCAGCGAUCGGUUCGGGGGUGUUUUCUACUUUUCGCAUUUUGGUGUGCGGUGAAUGUUCGGAAAACAUGGCUAAUAUUGCUCAAAUUGUUACUCGUUUCAAGAGUUUACAGAUCCAAAGCCGAUUGUCGACAGCUCUGAAAACAUGUCGUCCCGUUUUGUAUUCCACGAGUGCCGAAGUUCCGAGUUCUCCGGAAUCGAUUUCUACGGUGCCCAAGAAGGGAAAGGUCAGCAAAGCCAUGAAGGCAUACCUGGAACGUGCCAAAGCUCACGAUGAAUUCAUGAAGAUUCAAAAUUUGGAGUUCAAACUAGGCAAGCGGCAUUUGGCGAAUAUGAUGGGCGAAGAUCCGGAAACAUUUACCCAAGCGGAUAUCGAUAGAGCUAUCCAGUAUCUGUUUCCCUCUGGAUUGUACGAUAAGAAGGCGAGGCCAAUGAUGAAGCCCCCAGAGGAAGUCAUUCCCCAGCGCAAAGCGGCCGAGUUCGACGAAACCGGAAGACCUUUCCACAGCAUGUUCUACACCGGAAGGCCAAACUACUACCAGCUGCUUUUCGACAUCGUCGGCUAUCUGAAUAAUCUGAAUGCAUUCGAGGACCGCAUGAUUAGGAAGCAAUUAACACCGGAUCCAACACAGCAAAUUGAUACUUCCGGUUCUGAAUGGUUGGCAAAGGAAGUUCUCGAAAGGCAAUUGCUCGAGGACAUUUCCGAUUCGGAAUACGAGAACUUCGUCAAUGUGAUGACGCGCCUCAUUCAGCAUCCGUACUCGUACAAAGAAAAGGCCUUUAUUGACCAGUACCGUAAGCCGUUAUUGGCCAAAACGGAUGCAGAUCAGAUACCGAAGCCGCAGUUGGAUGAAAAUGGCAAAAGUUUCAUCACAAUUUAUGAGUGUCUUCGGAAAUCAGCUCGAGCUGAUGUCACGAUCAUUGCUCCUGGGACGGGUAAUAUUACGAUCAAUGGCCAAGACAUUACAUAUUUUGAUAGUGUGCAGCCCAGAGAACAGGUGCUGUUUCCGCUUAUCUUCAGCGAAAUGAUCGGUAAGGUGGACGUUGUGGCCAAUGUCGAAGGCGGAGGCUUUUCGGGCCAGGCAGGAGCUAUCCGAUGGGGAAUCGCGAUGGGACUACGCAGCUUUGUCGACGUCGAAACCAUAGAUAAAAUGAGAAUGGCCGGUCUGUUACAACGCGACUACCGCCGAAGGGAACGUAAGAAGCCUGGACAGGCUGGAGCCCGCAGAAAGUACACAUGGAAGAAACGUUAACAGAUUUUAUUGUUGCAAAAAACGUUUGUAUUAAUAAAAACUAGUUCGAUUUA